UUGAUACCUGCCGAUACAAUCUUGAAAUUUGUCUUAGACAAACUAAAUAGUCAGGACUCUAGCCUUAGUGCCAAGCUAUCGGAACCAUUAAGCAACAGAAUCGCGGAACAGCUCCUCUUUGAAAUUACAGGAACAUUAGUGUACUUACAAAAUCCAAAAAAGUAUGACGAAGAAAUAAACAAUCCUGGUUAUCUCUCCACGCCGAAAAAUAACGCAAUGCGACAAGAUAUAAAAAAUUUGUUAAGUCGUAUAAAUAAACAAGUGACUGUGGAAACAGCGCAAGAGGACAUAUUGAUAUGAGAAGCAGAAGGAGGAGGAGAAGGGGAAGGAGAAGGAGAAGGAGAAGGAGAAGGAGAAGGAGAAGGAGAAGGAGAAGGAGAAGGAGAAGGAGAAGGAGAAGGAGAAGGAGAAGGAGAAGGAGAAGGAGAAGGAGAAGGAGAAGGAGAAGGAGAAGGAGAAGGAGAAAGAGAAGAAGGAGAAGGAGAAGGAGAAGGAGAAGGAGAAGGAGAAGGAGAAGGAGAAGGAGAAGGAGAAGGAGAAGGAGAAGGGAAGGGGAAGGAAAAGGAGAAGGAGAAGAAGAAGGAGACGGGGCAAGAGAAGGAGAAGUGAAAAAGAGUUUUUAUCAACUUUCGUUAAGAAGAGUUGCAAUUAGUUGCAAAAGUUAUUAUUUUUCCAUCUACCCUCCAAAUGGAACGCUCAGAUCGUCGUAUUCAUAUGAUAAAAAUCGAUAG